GGGCGCAGUCUGAGGAGGGUGAAGCCAAAAAAAACAUUUAAAAAAAAAAACUAAAGGGCAAAGAGGCAGCCGGAGCGAACAAAAGCAGAGACGAGAUCCGCCGCCGCCGGCGCUGGAAAAAAUCAGCCGCAAAUAAAUAUUUAAUUCGCCGUUUUUUAUAAUAACGGCUCCCGAAUAAUACGAUACCACUAAUGCCCGUCUUCAUCACAUCCACAUAGAUGGCGACACCAUUUCUAGCAGGACUUGCAGUGGCAGCAGCUGCUCUUGCUGGUAGAUACAGUAUCCAGGCAUGGCAAGCAUACAAAGCACGGCCUGUCGUUCCUCGGAUGCGAAGAUUUUAUGAAGGUGGGUUUCAGCAGACCAUGACGAGGCGAGAAGCUGCUCUCAUUCUCGGCGUGAGGGAGAACGCCCCUCCUGACAAAGUUAAAGAAGCACACAAGAAGGUGAUGGUUGCCAACCACCCAGAUGCAGGAGGAAGCCAUUAUCUUGCUUCGAAAAUUAACGAAGCCAAGGACGUCAUGCUUGGGAAAACCAAAGGCGGCGGUUCUGCAUUUUGAUUCAUUCUGUCCCUAUGUCAACACUUAGAUAAAAUCUUUUGGUGUCUUAGACAAUUAAUCCUCAUAAGAUCGGUCAUGAUGUCUACAGUUAUAUAAUUGGAGUUUGCUGCUGUCUGUGAAAGGGAAAUGCAAUGAGAAAUUUUAUUGCUAGUUUUGUAAUAAAAUACCUAGUGUGUACAUUUCCUUGA